AUGUGCGCUCACGAGGGAUGCGGUAAAGGGUUUAAGACAAACGGCGGACUCACUGAGCAUAUGCUGUCCCACCGGACGGUGCGAUCGUAUGCGUGUCAUUACGAGGGCUGCGACUAUCGGGGUGUUAGCGAUCGGGUUGUGUACAAACACAUGAAAUCGCAUACAAGUGGCCAACAGUAUCGCUGUCCGGUCGACGGCUGCGACAAGUCAUUCAAGACAUCCCACGGUCUUAGGGCUCACUCGCGCUUACAUCUGGACGAGCCUACCAUUGCGUGCGGCGCCGACGGCUGCGACGAGUGGUUCUUUAGGGCCGACCAACGGCUCAAACACCAGAUCGAUGUCCACAAUAAGCGGCCGCCGAUGCGAAAGACAAAGCAGCGAAAACAGCCGUGCGAUUGGCCCGGAUGUAAGUGGACGGGUAUACACCUCAACGGCCAUAAGCGUAAGCAUACGGGUGAGCGACCGUUUGUGUGCGAUUGGCCCGAUUGCGACAAAACUUAUAAAGACAGCCGUCGACUACGGGAGCACAAGAAUGUGCACAACAAUGUGCGCCCAUUUGUGUGCCAAUGGCCCGGAUGUGAGUACACGACCACCGCUUCCGCCUAUUUGUUUAGUCAUAAAAAUAUAGAUACCAUAACCCGAAAGUUUUGCCCAAAAUGUCGUUUAGAUAAAUGCCUGGACAUCGGAAUGAGACGGGAAUUAAUACCGAGUGAUGAGGAAAAGGAGCUGAAGAGAGUUAAAAAGUUGCCAACAAAUAUUAACCAUGCUAAAAAUAAAGUUGUAAAUUCAACCAGGGAAGUAUUGGUUGAAAAUAAUAUCAUAGAUACGACUACUUUAGACACAGACUUGUUGUCCACAAUACUCGAUGACAACAAUUUCAGUGUCGAUGCACUCAAUGAACAGAUUAUAGACAUUGAGACCAGUAUUAGCGCAAAUUAUCAGGCAAACCAUAUCUCAACAGAUAAUCAACAAAACAGUGAUAAUUAUACGCAAAACUCAUUAACACAUUAUUAUUCACCGGAAAGUGUCGGCGAGAAAGUAGUGUUAGGGUAUGAAAUGCCUGUCAUACCCAUCGCCCGACCCAUCGAUGGCCACAAAAGUGAUUUUAACGAGAUUGAAAUCUACAUAAUCACUGAACUGAUCCAAUCGACUGAAUUUCGAUCAUUCGGCACAAAUUCUGUGUUUAUCAGUGAUAAUAAUGGCUUUAACUUUAUAUUUGCCGAAAAGUUUGACAAAUAUGUGAGAAAUGUAACCCAAGCUGUGAAAGGGUUGACCGCAUUCAACACCAUCUGCGAAGACGACCGCAUCUUACUAUUGAAGUACAGUUGCAUUGAAGUGAUAUUCUUGCGGUCCAUUCUCUGCCUCAACGAUACCGCCGAUUAUAUCAAACUUUAUAGGAUGUAUCCAAUCUUGGUGUUUAACCCAGAUCAUUGUAACCUCGCACAUAGAGCUGUUGUCAAACUCCAACAACACAUUUACAUGCAUUUACUUCAACGCUAUUUAUUACUAAAAUAUCGGUCAGAAUCGGAGGCAAAGACCCGAUUCUCGCAAUUCAUGAACAUUUUGACGGAACUAAACGUCUUGAGAGACAUCCAGAGGACGCAUACUUUGGAUCAAUCACUGAAUGUCACACCUCUUCUACAAGAAGUGCUCGAUUUAAAGCCGAAUCACAAUUGUUUCUAA